AUGUCUAGACCAAAAAAAUUGCAAACGACAUUGACUUCGAAUUAUAAGAAUUUCAUUAUUGGAAAUAAAGAUGAGGACAUAGAUCAAUUAGAUUUCAAUGACAAAGGCAAGGCCAUUAGUUCAAUUGAUUUCUUCAAUGUGUAUAUUUCACCUCGGAAGCCAGUGAAAUUGGUGAAUUAUCCAUUAAUUGGUGAGGAUGGAUCAGAAUUUGAUAUUAGUAAAUUCUCCAGUGAAAAUAUAUUGGAAACACUAAACUAUGACUUAGACUUGCAAAUUGAGAGAAAAUAUAAGGCUGGUUUUGGUUCUGGUCAAGAAAGGGAGAAAUUUUCACUUGAAAAGUUGAUUCAGUUGUUUGGUGAUGGUCAUGAUGAAUAUUACUUGACUACUCAAUAUGAUUUUGAUGAGCCCAAGAAGCAUGGUGACUUAGAAGAAGAAUUUAAUGAAGAAGGAGACGAAGAAGAUGAUGGCAACGAAAAUACAGUCGAUGAAGAGGAUGAAGAAGAGGAAAACGAUAGAAUCAAAGAUGAUAAUGAAGAAGAAGGAAUUGAUGUAGAGAAUCCUGAAGAUGAGGAUCCUGAAGAUGAAGACGACAACGAAGAAGAAGUAGUAGAAGAAGAAGAAGAAGAUAAGCAACUUCCUCCCAUCUCAAUCAAUAUUCAAGAUAGUGACUUUUCUGAUACCUCUUCGAUAGACAUGAACAAUCUUCAUGAUGAUUUUGAAGAGAGCGAAGAAGAAGAAGAACCCGAAGAAGGUGAUGAUCUUCUUGAUGAGGAAUUACAACUUCGUCAGUCCGAGUCAGAUCAAAGAAUAAAAGAACUAUUACAACCACCAUUAACUAAUCUCGUUCAUCAUCCUCAAGUAUUAUCAAUCAGACCACAAUUGUUUUCAACCUUAAUCCCACAACAGAUUAACUUAUGGAUGGGUAAUAGUUCAUUGAAAGACACUGAGAUCAAGCUCAAUUCUCGAGAUCAUGAAUCAUUAGGCUUAGGCAAGUAUAUUCCAGGAGGAGGAACAUCUUCAGGUUUGCAUCAUGAUCAUGCAGAUAAUUUAUAUAUCUUAGCUUCAGGUAAGAAGAGGUUCACCUUAUUCAGUCCUGCUGAUGCCACUAAAUUACAUACUAUCGGUAGUAUUUUCAAAUUGUUCAAUAGUGGAAUAAUUGAUUAUGAGAUCAAUGAAAAUGCUCCUAAUUGGAAACAUAUUCGAGAUGAUGGCGCUAUUCUUGAAGAUAUCAUUGAUUGGACAUUAGAGAAUGAUGCUGUUAAGGGCGAAGAAAGGAUUAAAUUAUUAAAUGAGUUACAGUCCAUCAUUAAACAACAGAAGAAAUUUGCAGACUUCAUCCCUAUUAAGAAGCUUGAUCCUCCUAAUUUUUCAAAGAUUCCUCCUAGUUUGUUACAUAUUGAUGAAUUUCCCGAUGAAAAGGUUCGCCGACAAUUAAUUGACUUUGCUAAUAGGUAUUUCCCUGGAUUUUUACAAUUGAACAACUAUAAAGUAUGGUUGAAACGAGGUGAAAUGUUAUAUUUACCGGCUGGUUGGUUUCAUGAAGUCUCAAGUUUUGGAGAUAAAUCACAGGGUAAUGUGAAUGAAGAAGGCAAUCAAAAGAAUAAGUUAAGUAACGUUCAUAUUGCUUUAAAUUAUUGGUUUGUGCCACCAAAUUCUACCAAUUUUAAACAUUGCUACGAGGAUAAUUAUUGGCACCAAGAUUGGAGCAGAACUCAAAAAUGUCUCAAUUUAAUCAGAAAAGAAUGA